AUGUCUCCAUUCCUGAGAAAAAGUUCUUCCCUCAAGUACGCCGGCGGCGGCGGCGAAGGGGCAGGCGAGGGUUACUCCGAAAAGGGGGGUUCAUCGUCAAUCGGGCGGAAAUGCACCAACUUGGCGAAAGAACAGAAGGCCAGAUUCUACAUCAUGCGUCGCUGCAUCGCCAUGCUCGUCUAA